GGAAAUACAAUGUAUUUCUACUAAACAGGCAUGGUUUUUCGGAAAACUAGUUGUGCAUCACAUAUCAAGCAGUUCAGGUCUUGUAAUAAUUGUCAAAUUAUUGAGAGGCAAAUAAAAGUGCGCAUUGAAUUUUUGAAAUAUUUAAGGUGAAUAGGAUGACAACCACUUUCAAUAUCAACGGUUGUAAUCACAACGUAAAUCUUAUCAAUUUUCCACCUGAUAUAACCCUUAAUACUUUUAUACGAGAAUAUGUGCAGUUAACGGCUACCAAAUACAUGUGUUUAGAAGGAGGGUGUGGCGCUUGUGUGUGUGUCAUUAAAGGUAAACAACCCGGCAGUGGGGAAACACGUACAUGGGCCGUUAACUCAUGUUUGACUUUACUAAAUACAUGCAUGGAUUGGGAGAUUAUAACAGCUGAGGGUAUUGGCAACAAAAACAUUGGCUAUCAUCCAAUACAAAAACGAUUAGCCAAGAUGAAUGGCACUCAAUGUGGUUUUUGCUCUCCUGGUUUUGUUAUGAAUAUGUUCGGUCUACUUGAAUCGAAAGGAGGAAAUGUUAAAAUGACGGAGGUCGAAAAUUCUUUUGGUGGCAACAUUUGUCGAUGCACUGGAUACCGUCCGAUAUUGGACGCUAUGAAAUCAUUUGCCGCGGAUAGUGCUAUACAGAUUCCCAAAGAAUGUAUAGAUAUUGAGGAUAUCAAGCUUACCGAAUGUCCUAAAAUCGGUUCGCAGCUUAAGGGCACUUGUCAAAAGCCGUUAAGUUAUAUGAUUUAUCCCGACGGUACGCAAUGGUAUUGGCCGCAAACAUUUGCUGAACUAUUUGAAGCACUGUCCAAAAUACAGAAUGAAAAAUUCAUGCUUGUCGCAGGAAAUACAGGACAUGGCGUCUACAGGCGAUCAUCAGAUAUAAAACACUUUUUUGAUAUUCAUGCGGUGCCUGAGUUAAAGCAGCACUCUAUAACUAAUGAAAAGAUAAAACUUGGUGCAAAUAUAAGCUUGACAGAAGCAAUGGAAAUUUUUGAGCAAGCUGCACUGAAACCUGGCUUCGAGUACUGCCAGCAAUUGAGGGAACAUUUUGAUCUUAUCGCGAAUGUGCCAGUUCGUAACACUGGAACACUGGCAGGCAAUAUCAACUUAAAAAAAUACUAUCCAGAAUUUCCUUCAGAUGUAUUCAUUACAUUCGAAGCUCUUGAUGUUCAGAUUAUUGUUGCAGAAGAUGCGUCUACCUGGAAGACCAUAUCACUAAAGGAAUAUCUAGCUUUGACGAAUGACAAAAUUAUUAUUAUUGCAUUCGAAUUAAAAGCUUAUCCAAAAGACAAAUUUGUGUUCGAUUCUUACAAAAUAAUGCCUAGGGCUCAAAAUGCGCACGCCUAUGUAAAUGCUGCAUUUUUAUUACAUAUGGAUAUGCCAGAAGGCAAAGUUUUACAUGCUCGUAUAUGCUUUGGCGGUAUAGCACCCGAUUUUGUACAUGCCAAAGCAAUAGAAUCUGCAUUAGUUGGUCAGAGCUUAUUUGAAAAUGACACUAUUUCGAAUAUAUUCCAAAAUUUGAUUAUCGAUCUACAACCGAAUGCUGUUCUUCCUGACGCUUCGCCUGAAUACCGAAAAAGUCUUGCUGCUGGUCUACUUUACAAAAGCCUUUUAAAAAUCGCACCUGAAGACAAAGUAAAGGAUGAAUACAAAAGUGGUGGCAAUUUACUUCUACGACCCCUUUCAUCCGGUACUCAAUCCUUUGAAACUAUAGAAAAAUAUUACCCAGUUACUGAAGCUGUGCAAAAACUUGAAGCCAUGAUUCAAUGUUCUGGAGAAGCAACUUACAUGAAUGACGUACUAACUUCAACCAACUCGGUUUAUUGUGCUUUUGCUAUUGCAACAAAAGUUGGCGCAAACAUCGAAAAGAUUGAUGCUUCUGAGGUUUUACAAACUCCAGGUGUGAUAGCCUUUUAUACCGCAAAAGAUAUACCGGGUACGAAUUCAUCAUGCGAUUCAAUAUUCGGCUAUGAAGCUGAAGAGAUUUUUUGUAGUGACAUUGUUAAAUAUUACGGCCAACCUUUAGGUGUAGUGGUUGCACAAACAAAUGAUAUUGCGAACCGCAUUGCACCUAAAGUAAAAGUGACAUAUUCAAAUAAUGUACGAGUACAUAAUGUUUUAACCACCACCGCUGACGUGCUUGAAGCAGAUGAAAUGAAACGAAUCACUAUGAUAAAAACUUCGAAAAUCGAUGAAAUUAAACUUGCACAGAAACCCGAUAUUAAUUCCAAAGGCGUUUUUGAAAUAGGCGGGCAAUAUCACUUUACAAUGGAGCCGCAAACUACUAUAGUUGUUCCUUUUGAAGAAGGACUAAACGUUUGGACAGCAACACAGUGGAUGGAUCAUACUCAAAGUGUAAUAGCAAAAAUGUUGAAACUUCAGGUAAACAAGGUACAGUUGAAGGUUCGCCGCCUUGGUGGUGCAUUUGGAUGUAAGAUUUCACGUGGAAAUCAAGUUGCCUGUGCUGCAUCAUUAGUCGCAUACAAAUUAAAUCGACCAUCUCGUUUCGUACAGACCAUCGAAUCGAUGAUGACCUCGAACGGUAAACGUUGGGGUUGUCGGAGCGAUUAUGAAUUUCACAUAAAAGCCAAUGGAAAAAUUCUCGGACUUAAAAAUACAUUCUAUCAGGAUGCAGGAUAUACACUCAAUGAAAAUCCUAUUAACGGACAUUCUGUUGUUUGCUCCAAAAAUUGCUAUGAACUUGCUGACUUGAGCACUAAAAUUGUGGCCGAAGCUGUCAUAACCGAUGCACCCAGUUCAACUUGGUGCCGUGCACCAGGUUCUGUAGAAGGAAUAGCAAUGAUUGAAAAUAUAUUGGAACAUAUUGCAUUUGAAGCAAAUAUAGAUCCUGCUGAUGCACGAUUAGCUAACUUAAAAUCUGGAAACAAAUUGGAGGAGCUACUACCGCGAUUUAUUAAUACAACAGAUUAUCGUAAUCGACGAAAGGAAAUUGACGGCUUCAACGAAAAAAAUCGUUGGACUAAACGUGGUUUAGGAAUAGCUAUUAUGGAAUAUCCAGUUUUUUAUUUUGGUCAAUAUUCAGCAACAGUUUCUAUUUAUCACGUAGAUGGUACUGUAGUUAUAUCUCACGGAGGAAUCGAAAUGGGUCAAGGCAUUAACACGAAAGUUGCUCAAGUGGCAGCACAAACACUCGGUGUACCAUUAACUUAUAUUAAGAUUGAGUCUAGUGACACUAUCAAUGGUGCUAAUUCUAUAGUUACUGGAGGUGCUGUAGGAAGUGAAAGCCUUUGCUUUGCCAUUCGAAAAGCUUGCGAAACACUUAAUGAACGUCUUAAACCAAUUAAAGACUCGCUUGGAAAGGAAGCUAGCUGGCAGAAUGUUGUGCAACAAGCGUGGGGGAAAGCAAUCAAUAUGAUAGUUAGUGAUCAUUAUAAAGAAGGAGACAUGCAGAAUUACAGCGUAUAUGGUUUAGCCCUAACCGAAAUUGAAGUAGACAUAUUGACGGGAAAUAAUCAAAUAAAACGUGUUGAUAUAUUGGAAGACGCUGGUGAAAGUCUUAGUCCAUACAUUGAUAUUGGUCAAGUGGAAGGAUCGUUUGUUAUGUUGCUCGGGUACUGGCUAACGGAGCAGUUGAUAUAUGACCGAAUAACAGGAGAACUUUUAACUAAUCGCACGUGGAAUUAUAAACCUCCGGGUGCAAAGGAUAUCCCGAUUGACUUUCGCAUAGAAUUACUACAGAAAAAUCCAAAUUCAGCAGGAUUCAUGCGUUCAAAAGCAACAGGUGAACCACCAUGUUGCCUAGCAGUCAGUGUGAUUUUUGCUAUUCAGCAUGCUUUGCAAUCUGCUCGUAAAGAUGCUGGACUAAAACGUGAAUGGAUUCGUUUAGGUGCUCCAACAACACCUGAGACUAUCGCACUGAAUGCUGGAACAGAUGUGUCGAAAUUCUCUCUAGCAUAAGUUUUCACUCGUUGCAAUUAGUAACAAAGAGGUUCGAACAAUAUUUAAUAUUUAAAACUUUUUGGUGACUGGGUAUUUGGAAGGUAUUAUUACAUAAAUAUGUAUAUGUGUAACUUUGUUUGCUGUUACGUUUUGCUAAAAUAAAAAUAUUGCAAUUGAAUCGA